AUGGAGAACACGUUCGACUACAACCAAAUUGAUGUGGACGAUUUUGACGACUUUUACAAUUUCUGCACUCUGAAGGGGAAAAAAAAAAAUGGGAAAAAAAUUGCCGAGCAGUUUUUCCAGACGGGUGGAGAAAGCGGGGCAGACGUGGUGGACGGCGGAGAGGGCGGCGAAGACGGCACGGAUAACUCCUCCGUAGACACCACCACCGUGUACAAAGAAGGAAGCAAGAAAAGUAGGCCCACUGGAAAGAAGAGCAAACCAGCACGACGGACUCGCAACGCUUCGCAUGAGAAGAGGCUGGAUGAUGUGCAGGGAGAGGAAGAGGACCACCUGAUGGGGAGGAGAGCUCUCGAAUUGGACCACAGAUACGGAUACGUAGAUGAUGGCCUUCACGAAAGCGGUGGUGACAUCGCACUGGAGGAUGAAAGUUUGGCAGAGGAGCGCAUUGCUAAGUAUGGUAAAACUGACGCGUGGAAUAACUUGGGAUGCAAAAAAAAAAAAAAAAAAAACCAACAGAGGGAUACACAAAACAUGGGCUUCAACAACCCACACAGUAACCAUAACGAGAAGGGGCACUCCCUCCAGGAGAGAAGCAGCUGUGGGGACCGAACGUCCAACAGGUAUGUUAGCUUGCCCAGGGAGGACUACGAACAGGAUAAAAAAAAAAUGUACGAAGAUUACAAUGCCAGGGGGAAGUACCCAAGGGAGUGCAGCCAGUACUCCAACAGCAACUGCGAUAGUUACAGCUAUAGUGUUGACAUGGCAUGCGCCAGUAAGGGGAAUAAAGAAAAGCCAAAAUAUUUUCGAUGCCGUUACUGUGAAAUGGAUUCUGUGGACAGUGUGGUUCAGUGCAACACGUGCAAUCGAUGGUUCUGCAAUGGGUCCUAUGGCACGUGUGGCAGCCACAUCGUCACGCACCUGGUGAGGUCCAAGCACAAGGAGAUUAAGCUUCAUAAGAAGAGCCUGCUGGGUGAAACCAUCCUGGAGUGCUACAACUGCGGGUGCAAGAAUGUGUUUUUGCUGGGGUUCCUACCCACGCCUGAGGAGGGGGUCGUCGUCAUCAUAUGCAGGGAUCCGUGCUUGGCCAGGUGCAUUUCGCUGAGCGGGAGGGGCGAAGCGGAACAGGAGCGGGUCACCCAAGAGGGGGGGAAGCAAACAGAUGGGCAGCCAGCAGAUGGGCCGCAAGCAGAUGGACCGCAAGCAUAUGGGCAGCAAGCAGAUGCGCCGCAAACAGAUGGGCCGCAAGCAAAUGGGAAGGGACACCCCGCCGAACUGAAGGACCCCCCGGAGAGAGAGCCCAAGGAGAAGAAAAAGGGCCUCCCGUACGAACAUUUCCACGGGGAAGAUGACCCAAUCAGCACGGAUGAAGAUGACGUUGCGAGCACGAAGGAAGACACGAAUAUGGUGAAGAACAAGGGAUACCUAAGCAGCGACGAUUUUGGGUACACGAGUGAGCAGGAAAAGGGGAGCUCCGCGGGAGGAAGUUCCCUCAACAGGUUUGCAGCGAAGAAGGGUCAAAAUGGAAAGGAAAAAACGGAGCAAACGGAGCAAACGGAGCAAACGGAGCAGGAUGUGAAAUCGAAGGACUCGGAGGACGCAAGCAACUAUUGCGCAACUGUAGGAAACAACCUAAAGGAGCUAAUAAAGAUGAAGGACUGGGACCUGAACAAAUGGCAACCAGUGAUUGAGGACAGGUGUCUGCUCGACUGGCUAGUAAACAUCCCCACGGCGGAAGAAGCAGAGAGGAAAGGAAAGAGAACCACAUCGUAUAAUGUAAACAAGCUAGAAGAGCUAUGGAAAAAUAAAAAAGACGUGUAUAUAGAUGAGCUAGAUGGAGAGAUUCUAAAUGAUGAACCCGUUAAGGUGGAGCUAAGGUAUGAAGAUGCCUACCAUUACCAGUCCAUCUUUGCACCCUUAAUUCAGUUGGAAGCUGAUUAUGACAAAUCGAUUAAGGAGGGGCAGAAGCAGGCUAAUGUGACCGUCCGGUGGGAUAUAGGGUUGAACAAAAAAAGAUAUGCCCAUUUUAUUUACGUGAAGGAGGAAAGUGAGUUAAGGUUGGUAGCAGGAGAUGAGCUAAAGCUGUCCUACACAUAUCCUAACGGAACGGUGUGGAGUUGCGAAGGGCACAUUUCCAGAAUUCACAACACGGAGGAAAUAGCCCUAGAGUUGAGAACCUCCAGUACGGCCAACGGGCCAUGGGUAAACAACAUAACCACUGGGUACGCCGUCGAGUUUGUGUGGAAAAGCACCGCGUACGAUCGAAUGCAGUUAGCGUUGAAUGAGUUUGCGCAAAAUUCCUACUCACUCAGUGGGUAUUUGUACCAUAAGCUACUUGGCCAUGAAGUCUCAGAGGAGUCACUCAAUUAUUACAAAACGGCAUUGAGCAGUCAAGUCCAUGGGAAGAGGUCUCCCCCACGUAUAGUAAAUUACUCAGCCCCUAAUUUAGCCGCACUUAAUCACUCACAAAUUGAUGCUAUAAAGAAAAGCUUAGUGUCUCCUUUAUCCCUCAUUCAAGGGCCACCAGGUACAGGGAAAACGCUAACGUGUGCCACUCUGGUGUACCAUCUGUCUAAGACAAAGAUGGGCAAAGUGUUAGUCACUGCCCCGAGUAACGUCGCUGUGGAUCAGCUCUCUGUGAGGAUCCACAAAACGGGGUUGAAGGUGGUACGGCUCUGUGCCAAGAGUAGGGAGUACGUCCCCAGCAUUGCCGAUUACCUCUACCUGCAUAAUCAAAUGAAAUUGCUCAAAUCGGAUAUUGGAGAGGAGUUGAACAAGCUACUUGAGCUGAAGGAGGAAGUUGGGGAGCUAUCCCAGAAGGACGAAAGGAGAUUAAAGAAGCUAAUCUUUUUUGCAGAGUAUAAAAUACUGCUAGAGGCAGAUGUGAUAUGUACCACCUGUGUGGGGGCCAUGGACAAACGGUUGAAACGAUUCCGGUUUAGUCAAGUGCUAGUUGAUGAAGCGACGCAGUCAACAGAACCGGAGUGCUUAGUACCCCUCGUGACGGGGGCUAAGCAGAUUGUACUCGUUGGAGACCACUGCCAGUUAGGUCCCAUAAUAGUUUGUAAAAAGGCAGCCAAUGCAGGGUUGGGAAAGAGUCUUUUCGAACGAUUAGUCAUGUUGGGUAUCACACCCUUCAGGUUAGAAGUCCAGUACCGUAUGCACCCAGCGUUAAGUGAGUUCCCAUCGUAUGUCUUCUAUGAUGGUUGCCUCCAAAAUGGUAUUACACUAAAGGAGAGAGAAUACCCUCUGAAGGACUUCCCAUGGCCAAAUCCAAAGUGCCCCAUGUUUUUUUAUAACUCCACUGGGUUGGAGGAAAUGUCCGCUUCAGGGACGAGCUACCUAAACAGAGCAGAAGCCUCCAACAUGGAAAAGCUAGUCAGGACCCUCAUCAGUUGUGGAUUGAAGCCAACCCAGAUAGGGGUAAUAACACCGUAUGAGGGGCAAAGGGCUUACAUAACUUCCCUUUUCCAAAAGAAUAUUUCCUAUCAACACUCCACAGAGAUAGAGGUGGCCUCUGUGGAUGCAUUUCAGGGGAGAGAAAAGGACUUCAUCCUCCUCUCUUGUGUUCGUUCGAACAAAAAAUUGGGAAUCGGUUUUUUAAAUGACCCAAGGAGGUUAAACGUAGCUUUGACGAGGGCCAAGUAUGGACUGAUCAUCUGUGGCAAUGCGAAGGUGCUCUCCAGACACCACGUGAUGAUAAAGAAAAUGCAUAACUCGAAUGAGACCAUCACGAAUGUUAACUCUGUGUGGAUUAACCUCCUCAGCCAGUUUAAGAAGAAGGAACUCAUCGUCGAGGGGUGCCUGUCCAAUUUGAAGCCCAUGAACAUUCACAUUCCGACCCCGAUGAAGCAGCCCUCCAGGUACAUCAACUUUAGUUACUUCCUGCCGAGUGAGCGGCCCCCCCGGGCGGGCGCCUUCCCCGGCAGGGGGAGCGGUAGAAGUGGAAGAAGCGGAAGAAGCGGAAGAAGCGGAAGAAGCGGUGGGAGCGAUAGCAGCGGUGGAAGUGGUGAGAGCGAUGGGAGCCUCCCCGGCAGUGGCGACGGAAAGACCCAAAGCAGCAACACCUUUAUGCACAUGAACACGUCCAACCUGAGCUACUGCAGUGACGCGGUCAUGAACAAGGAAUUCCUCAGCUACAUGCACCAAAGGCAAGUAGGCGGAGCGAAGCAGGGGGUAAAAUCUUACGUAAACAAUUUGAGUCAGCUCUCCCAAUUUAAUGAAGACUCUAUAGUUAAUAAAAACUCCCCAAGUGAUAGCUUCCCCAAUUAUGAGCCUGCCCCUUCCCUUUCGCAUAGCACGAAAAGUUAUGCCAACCCAAAUUUCCUGUGCUAUAGUAACAGCGGUUUGAGUGAGGAUAGGAACCAUGUGGCCAACCACUUGGUGGACUCCUCCUUUAGAGAAAACUUCGGCGGAGGCAGCUUCGUGAGGAACUCAGAUUUGUUCCCCUACCAGUUUUACUACGGCAAUGACAGGGACGCCUCCAGUCUGCACAAUGGGCAGGGCUCCCACGGGUCGCAUCAUACACGCAAACCGCGCAUCGCUGGCGGCCACCACGGGGAGAUUAAACAGAAACUAGCCAACACAGCAGAUGUAAGGAGAUACCGAAAUAGAAAUGUAUGA